AGACGAAAGACUACUAAACGAUUAGUUGAGGAGAGUUUGGCCAAAAAGAACAGUGUUCGUCGAAAAGCUUCAGCCCGAAGGAGUGGGGCAUCUCUCAAGGAUAUGGCUGGGAUGGAAGACUCUGAUGCCGAUGCCGAAUACAAAGUUGAGACCAUUUUGGAAAAGAAAGUUGGCAAGAACGGGAGAGAGCAAUACCUGAUCAAGUGGAAAGGCUUCGGGCCAGAAUGGAAUUCAUGGGAGCCUCGAAAAGGGAUUGCUCAUUUGGAUGUUUUUAAGAAGUAUGAAGAAAAAUUAAAAAAUAAUGAGGGAGAAGAAGAUGAAAGUGAUGAUGAUAAAGAAUAUAUUGCUGAGAAGGUUUUGGAUCGAAAAAUUGGGAGAGAUGGAGAAAUUGAGUAUUUCAUCAAAUGGGAAGGUUAUGACGAUGAUCGUAAUUCUUGGGAGCCAAAAAGUGGUGUUGGACAUCUUAAAGCAAUUAAGGAAUAUGAUGCUUUGAAUCCUUUGCCCGACAAAAAGGGGGGCAAACGAAAGAGUCAAGAUGCUACGGACACUCCAUCAACUUCGAAAUCUGCUGCUUCUGUUACUAAUGGUUCGACAAAGAAAAGCAAGAAACGUCGUCGUCGCUAUUGA